AUGUGCUCAGCCAAUCAGAUCCCUCCUGACUGUGUUGACUUGGUGACAGAGAUCUUUAAAGAGGAGAGAGGACUGUACCAGGACAAGGUGUUCUGCUUCAUCCAUCUGAGUGUUCAGGAGUUUCUGGCUGCUCUUCAUGUCCAUCUGACCUUCAUCAACUCUGGAAAAAAUCUGCUGGAAGAACAACAAACAACCUCCAAGAAGUCUGAAACAAGUGAAACUAAUGAGAAAUAUUUCUACCAGAGUGCUGUGAACAAGGCCUUACAGAGUCCAAAUGGACACCUGGACUUGUUCCUCCGCUUCCUCCUGGGUCUUUCACUGCAGACCAGUCAGACUCUCCUACAAGGCCUGCUGACACAGACAGGAAGUAGCUCACAGACCAAUCAGGAAACAGUCCAGUACAUCAAGGAGAAGCUCAGUGAGAAUCUGUCUGCAGAGAAAAGCAUCAAUCUGUUCCACUGUCUGAAUGAACUGAAUGAUCGUUCUCUAGUGGAGGAGAUCCAACAGUCCCUGAGAUCAGGAAGUCUCUCCACGAAAAAACUGUCUACUGCUCAGUGGUCAGCUCUGGUCUUCAUCUUACUGUCAUCAGAAAAAGAUCUGGAUGUAUUUGACCUGAAGAAAUACUCUGCUUCAGAGGAGGCUCUUUUGAGUCUGCUGCCAGUGGUCAAAGCCUCCAACAAAGCUCUGGCAAUGGUCAGCCACCGCCUCUACAUGACUGACAUCAAGCUAUAGGGCUUUGGAGUUGAUGUCACGCCACAAUGCAUUGUGGGAGCGCGGCGCCAUUUUCGGGGUCUACGAAUCAAAACAAACACACUGUCUUGGAACGACGACUACAAGAAAGAUGCUUAAAAGCAGCUCAAAAGAGAAUGGACUGUAUAGAGACCGAUUGCGUCCAGAGGCGAAGCAGCGGUACUUGCAGAAAAUAGCGUGCAUUGGAAAUGUGGACCCGUAUGAAAUACAGCCGUGGAGUAGAAACCCUGAAGACCAACUGCUAUUGACGUAGCCUGACAUAUUUUCGUACCUUGUCUGUGGAGUCAGCGCGUACAAGUCGUCAUUCAAACAAAGGUGCUGCACUCUCAAAGACUGAAUGAACCAGCAUUGCAGCCAUGGGUCACUGUGAGCAUCACAGAGAAGGUUGAAGCCGCCCGCUGCACCUGUAUGGCCGGAGUCGCAGAGACCUGCACCCAUGUCACUGCUCUUCUGUUUAAUGUAGAAGCAACAGUGCGGAUCUGUGGCAAAAGGACUGGUACAGAUGAACCUGCAUACUGGGUUUUGCUGGGUAAUAUGACCAAGAUACAGUCAGUGGUUGGCCAUAAGAUAGACUUCUCCUCUUCAGCUGCCCAAAAAAAGGUUCUUGAUCAAAACAUAAAUAGACCAUCCGUAUUGAAAGGUAAAAGGAGCCGUCCUCAAAAAAGAAAAUUCCCACCUGCUACUGUGGAGUAGUUGUCACUGCUAUUGGAUACUUUGCUGGAACACCGUAAAGUUGUGGCAAUGACCCAUAAUGUUUUAUCUAGGGGUCUAGAUUUAUGCCUGUAGUGCACUGCCAUGUAAAUAAUUCGCAUUUACUGAAUAUGUACUGACUGAGUACCACUGUUCAAAAG